UGGCUCUUGGUACAAGGAAGCAAACAGUUGAUUGGUUCAUUGUAAAAAACCCGGCAGAAGACAAGAGUGGACGAAAAAAAAUAACACAGGAACCGCUGGAAUAGCAACUGUUUAUUUGCCAGGAGCCCAGUGAUAAAGGAACCAUGGUUGAUCCGAUGGAGAAUGGCUUGUUUGACAUUCCUGACUAUGACAACACAGAUGACGAGACCUUUCCUCCUCUCCCCCCUCCCUUCUCACCAGGAGAGGGAGGAGAUCCUUUUACAGGGGAGGAGGGAGGAGAGAUCUCCAAGCUGGCCGAAGUCCCUGUUGCCAAGAGGAGAGGCGUCAAGAGACCACAGCCGAAACUGGACUCUCAGAGGCUGACAUCAGAAAGAGGACUUCCGGCUCUUCGCAACCUGUUUGACAACGUUCAUUUCAAAGGCAAAGGACACGAGGCUGAGGACUUGCGGGUGCUGAUGCAGAGGAUGGAGAACUGGGCUCACAGGCUGUACCCCAAACUACAGUUCGAAGACUUCAUAGACAAACUGGAGACGCUGGGCAGCAAGAAAGAAGUCCAGACGUGUCUCAAGAGAAUACGGUUGGACAUGCCACUAACACAUGAAGACUUCAUAGGAGACGACGGUGAGGACGACACCGCGGCGUCGAGAGACGGACGUGUCGUCAACCAUGACGACCCAGACCCGUUUGGAGACGGAGGUUUCGCUGAAGACCCCCCAGGACGGGUCCCCUCUACCCCAGCCCCCUCCCUGUUCCCUUCCUCCCAGGCUGGCCCGGUCCACUCCACCCCAGCCCCCUCCCUGACAGAGGAACAGCAGAGACGCAUAGAACUCAACAAACGGCUUGCCUUAGAGAGGAGACUGGCCCGCAUGCAGCAACACACAGAUGGCUCCCAGGAGAUGGCCUCCAGCCAGUCAGCAGACAGACCAUCUACCUCCCAGUCCCAGGAGAUGGCCUCCAGCCAGUCAGCAGACAGACCAUCUACCUCCCAGUCCCAGGAGAUGGCCUCCAGCCAGUCAGCAGACAGACCAUCUACCUCCCAGUCCCAGGAGAUGGCCACCCAGUCAGCAGACGGACCAUCUACCUCCCAGUCCCAGGAGAUGGCCUCCAGCCAGUCAGCAGACAGACCAUCUACCUCCCAGUCCCAGGAGAUGGCCUCCAGCCAGUCAGCAGACAGACCAUCUACCUCCCAGUCCCAGGAGAUGGCCUCCAGCCAGUCAGCAGACAGACCAUCUACCUCCCAGUCCCAGGAGAUGGCCUCCAGCCAGUCAGCAGACAGACCAUCUACCUCCCAGUCCCAGGAGAUGGCCUCCAGCCAGUCAGCAGACAGACCAUCUACCUCCCAGUCCCAGGAGAUGGCCUCCAGCCAGUCAGCAGACAGACCAUCUACCUCCCAGUCCCAGGAGAUGGCCUCCAGCCAGUCAGCAGACAGACCAUCUACCUCCCAGUCCCAGGAGAUGGCCUCCAGCCAGUCAGCAGACAGACCAUCUACCUCCCAGUCCCAGGAGAUGGCCACCCAGUCAGCAGACGGACCAUCUACCUCCCAGUCCCAGGAGAUGGCCACCCAGUCAGCAGAUGGACCCUCUCCCUCCCAGUCCCAGGAGAUGGCCACACAGUCAGCAGACGGACACUCUACCUCCCAGUCCCAGGAGAUGGCCACCCAGUCAGCAGACAGACCAUCUACCUCCCAGUCCCAGGAGAUGGCCACCCAGUCAGCAGACAGACCAUCUACCUCCCAGUCCCAGGAGAUGGCCACCCAGUCAGCAGACGGACACUCUACCUCCCAGGAGAUGGCCACCCAGUCAGCAGACAGACCAUCUACCUCCCAGUCCCAGGAGAUGGCCACACAGUCAGCAGACGAACACUCUACCUCCCAGUCCCAGGAGAUGGCCACCCAGUCAGCAGACAGACCAUCUACCUCCCAGUCCCAGGAGAUGGCCACACAGUCAGCAGACGGACAUUCUACCUCCCAGUCCCAGGAGAUGGCCACACAGUCAGCAGACGGACACUCUACCUCCCAGUCCCAGGAGAUGGCCACCCAGUCAGCAGACAGACCCUCCACCAGGUCCUCCUCACACCCCUUCCCCAGCCAGCAGCAGCAGGAUGGGGAGGAUGAAGACCUGUACCAGGGAGACCCAGAGGACAAGGGCCAGAGCAGGCCAGACCACUCCAGGGACAGAGCUCUAAACACGGCUCCCCCUGCUGAGGCUGACUCCCUGGUGUGUGAGGGAGCAGUAGCCAGCCCUGUUCCUGAGAUGAGCAACGACAGCAGGGCCUGAGACACACACACAACCGCUGACUCCCUGGUGUGUGAGGGAGCAGUAGCCAGCCCUGUUCCUGUGAUGGGCAACGAUAGCAGGGCCUGAGACACACAGAACCGCUGACUCCCUGGUGUGUGAGGGAGCAGUAGCCAGCCCUGUUCCUGAGAUGAGCAACGACAGCAGGGCCUGAGACACACACAGAACCGCUGACUCCCUGGUGUGUGAGGGAGCAGUAGCCAGCCCUGUUCCUGAGAUGAGCAACGACAGCAGGGCAUGAGACACACACAGAACCGCUCACCCCCUCCACAUCCAUGGCUCCAACUGUCAGCAUACAUACUCACCCAGCACCAAGGGACGCUGUCUUCUAGGACUGACAACUCAUCUGAGGAUGUUUUCUCUCUGUUCAAGUACAUUUUCAAUUAAGUUUCUACAAAUCUAAAACAUCUCAUGUGUUGUCAACCAUUUUUACUCUUUAAUAAAUGUUGCCGUAUGGGCCAAACAUCCUGUUGUGGA